UAAACGAGGCAAAAAAGCAAUUCAGAAGGAAAAAACAGCAUUAAGUAGUUAUAUAUAGAUAGAUAGAUAGAAUGAAGGGAAACAAGAAGACAUAACAGCUAAUAGAUGGCGGGUGAGAAAGAAAAAGUAUGCGUGACUGGGGCUGGAGGAUUUGCAGCCUCUUGGGUCGUCAACCUUCUUCUCUCAAAGGACUAUGUUGUUCAUGGAACAGUCAGACAGCCAGGGGUGAGCAAGUAUGCUCACUUGAACAAGCUUGAGAAAGCAUCAGAGAACUUGAAACUUUUUAAGGCAGAUUUGUUGGACUACGAUUCUCUGCGUUCGGCUGUUGAAGGAUGUAGUGGAGUAUUCCAUGUUGCCAGUCCCGCUGUUCUUAGUGUUACAGAUCCUGAUCAGGAGCUUCUUGAACCAGCUGUCAAGGGAACGCUUAAUGUACUUAAGGCUUGCGUCGAAGCCAAAGUGAAGAGAGUUGUUGUUGUGUCCUCCAUAGCUGCUAUUGUUAUGAACCCUGACUGGCCCAAGGGUCAAGUCAAGGACGAGACCUGUUGGUCUGUUCCUGAAUAUAUUAAAACGACCAAGAAAUGGUACUAUCUUUCAAAAACAGAAGCUGAAAGCCAGGCUUUGGAGUUUGGAAAAAGAAAUGAACUUGAGGUUGUAACUGUUUGUCCUUCUGUCGUUUUGGGGCCAAUUUUGCAAUCCACGUUGAAUUUAAGUAGCUCUCUGCUAGUUGCGACUGUAAAAGGUGAGCUUGAGUCAUUGGAAUACAAUUACUGGACGCUCGUGGAUGUUCGUGAUUUAGCAGAAUCACUGCUUCUUGUAUACAACAAGUCUGAGGCCGGAGAGAGAUACAUAUGCACAUCGCACGAGAUCGGGGUAGAGGAAGUGGUGGAGAAGUACUUGAGGCCUGCAUAUCCUAACUACAACUAUCCCAACAACCUUACCCACACAGAGGAAGAAAAAGAGCACUUAAGUUCGGAAAAAUUGCAGAGGUUGGGUUGGACUUUCCGGCCUGUGGAUGAAACUCUUAUUGAUUCCAUUGAAAGCUACCGGAAGGCUGGAAUUGUGGACUAAAAAAAGUUCACAUGUUUAUUGUAUCUUCCCUAUCAUCAUAUGCACAAUGAAGAUAAUAAUUUCGCUUAAUAAGUAUGAUCGCCAUCAGCAUUCUUAGCAAGCUCUGCUCUCAUUUAUAUCAUGAAAUUAUAUUUAAAAUUUAUUUAAUCUUAUUCCUUGUGAAA